AUGAAUCGUCCCGGAUCUCAUCAGGGGUUUGGGACUCAGGGACCAGGCGCGCUCAGGGCUGCUCCAACAGGCUCCAUUGGCUCGACAGCAUGGGCCUCUGCGGGUUCAUAUAGAGGCUCGGAAUCGUCUCAAGAGGGAGGCUCAGCGAAAUCGUCUGCGCCGCAGACCACCUCAUUGGCCGCAGCUGCGAAAGGGACAAAGACAACGGAAGCUGCGAGUAACCUUCAUGUUGGCACCCCAAAUGGGGCUUUAACUCUAUCCGUACCGAUCUACACCUCUCCUGGUCGAGCCAACGGUCUAGUACCGUCCCUUGCCUUGACAUAUAACUCCUCACUCGGAAAUGGAAUCUUCGGGCUCGGUUGGCAGCUGAGCAGUAGCAGUGUUACCAGGAAAACAAGUCCACAGCUGCCACUCUACGAUGAUAACGAACAGCCAUCCGAUGAGUUUGCGCUAGCUGAAGGUACCAAUCUAGUUCCAUCGGAUGCAGAACCAAAUAUUGUCUCUCGCGGCUGUGGCUGGCUGGUUCGGCGAUACUAUCCUCGCACGCAGCAAGAUGAUGCGGCCAUUCGUGUCGAGCGAUGGCAGAGCCGAGAAGAUGCAUCAGAUGUGCACUGGCGUACCAUUUCCGGCGCAAACAUCACAACGGUGUUUGGGCCAGAUGAUCAGUCUCGGAUUUGCGAACAGCCCUGCGACGAGAAUGGUAACUGCAAGAGGAUAUUCUCUUGGCUGGCUGCAAAACAAUACGAUGCUCAAGGGAAUGUCAUUCAAUUUCGAUAUAAAUGCGAGGACGGUGUUGGGACCCAGGCCCAGGCCAAUGAUACGAGUCUUUAUAAUCCCGCCACACAUAGAUAUCAAUACACUCAGCGCUAUCUGAAGAGUGUCCUUUACGGGAAUCGCGUGCCUAAUCGAAGACUAGAGGAUUGGACCGUAUUUGAUGAUUGUAUUCCGGCAGACAGCUGGAUGUUUGAGGUUGUAUUCGACUAUGGGGAGCAUUCACUGCUGAACCCUACGACCGUGGAGCAAAACCCUUGGUUAGUCCGGAAGGACCCUUAUUCCAGUGGCGAAGCCGGGUUUGCCAUCCACACGAUGCGUCUGUGCCAACGGGUCUUAAUGUUUCACCAUUUCCCAGAGGAACUGGCCGGUGCUCGAGACACAUUGGUUUCAUCUACGGCGUUGGAGUAUGAUAACUCACGCCCCGACCGCGUUUCACUGCUAUCUAGCGUGACUCAAUACGGGCACAAGCCCGGUCUGCAAGAUGAGCAUCUACCUCCGGAGAGGUUUUUUUACCAUGAGGCCCCGGACUUCUCGCAGUGUUCGGUGGUUCAAACCGAGACGGCUCUGCUUUCUAACUCCCAAGCUGAAACUACCCAAUGGUUGGAUCUUGAUGAAGAAGGAAUACCAGGGCUUCUAUCCAAGUCCAAAGACGCAUGGUACUAUCAACCGAAUGAGAGCGCCGCAGUUCGUCCGCCACGGUGUCAGCUUGGACCUCCCAGGAUGAUUGAUGUCAUACCUGGCUCUGUUGCAGAAGAUUGGGUAUAUCUUAAUGAGGCCGAUGAGUUGGGCACACAUCUAAGCACCCUUUCGUUAUCUGGUGAAGGUUUCUACUCACGGACACAGAGCGGCGGGUGGACAAAUUUUCUGACCUUCCCAUCACUCUCAAAGCCAGGCAACAACAAUGGUCAUGUCCUCACGGGCGACUUAACGCGAAAUGGAUUUCCCGAUACUAUUCAUAUUGGUACACCCGGCAUGCCAAGUGUCUGGUAUCCGAACCUGGGUAGAGCUGGAUCGGGUGAGCCGAGGCAGAUCCAUAUAGACGGUGAUGUCUUGCUGGAUCUUCCAUUCAACGACCCGCAAUCAAUUGUGGCAAUGUCAGACAUGACAGGAGACGGGCUGGCCGAUAUUAUAGUCAUUCAGAGUAACCGGAUUGUUUACUGGCCAAACCAAGGGCACGGUAGAUUUGGAAGAUGCGUGGAAAUGCGGAAUACCCCCCGUAUAACCGAUUUCAUUCCUGGAAGACUUAAACUGGUGGACGUAACCUGCUCAGGGAGUGCAGAUUUGCUCUAUUUCCCUCCAGGAGGGGGUGCCGACGUGUAUUACAAUUGCACGGGCAAUAGUUGGAGCAAUAGCUACCAUAUCGAUAUUAUGCCGGCUCUUGACGAUAUCACCAUAUCGACGGUCGAAUGUCUUGAUCUCCUCGGUCAAGGGACACCAUGUAUAUGUUGGCAACCUCCAGGAGGCAGCACCAAUCCAAGACUUCGUUACGUGGACUUAAUGGCGGGCCAGCGACCAGGAUUGAUAAAGGCAAAUCACAACAAUUGUGGUACGGAGAGAACGUUUGCCUUUUGCUCCUCUACAACCUUCUAUCUUGAAGAUCGACGGCGCGGGUGCCCUUGGCCAAAUCGCCUCCCGUUUCCCAGCAUCUGCCUUGAGAAAGUCCUAGUUGUGGAUCGGAUUGCGCGCACUGCGCAUACACUGCGCUAUUCGUACCAUGAUGGGUACUAUGAUCGGCGGGACAAAGAAUUUUGCGGAUUCGGAAUGGUGGAGGAGUGGCAGGCGGAAACCAGCUGGACGAAGGCCUCCCUUAUUUCCCAAGCUGUUGAGGAGUGCCAACCUACGGUGUAUCGUAAGGCGUGGUAUCACUUGGGCCAAUCAUCAGACAGAACUUCAACCCCUCCAGGUCAGAUUUUAGGCCCGUCGACGUCAGUUCCUACGUCUACGAGAGAUUCAUACGGAGCAUUGAAGGGGUCAGUUUUGCGUACGGAGACCCAUGACCUGGUCCCGACAAUGACAACAAACUCUACUCUUUUGAAGGUCGAAGAACACCGUUAUAUUGUGCAGUCGCGACCAGAGACCGCCCAGCACGGUAAAAGACAAGCUUACUUGGUUCAAUCCCCAGAAUCUCUUACUUCAAUCGUCGACAGACAGGACAUUGCAGAUGCACGGGUGACGCAUAAUAUCAAUUUGGAAGUCAACAAGUUUGGUCAAACUACAAAGUCAGCCGCAAUUACAUACGGAUGCAAGAAAACUUCACUCCUCGAUGCUAAGGACCGUGAAAAGCAAGAAGAAACAAUAAUUGUCUAUUCCGAAAUUGAGUACACAAACAGCUUAGACGAGGUAGCUUCAGAAGGCUUCCGUCCCCCAGCGCCAUGUGAAACCCGAAGCUAUCGGAUACUCUGUGCAAACAAGCAGACCGAAUUGUAUCGGUAUAAUGAUCUGGUAGCCAGUGAUUGCGCAUUCUUCACCAAUGCCCCGGAGGUCUCCAGGGAUUCCACAACUCCGGAACGCGCUCAAACUAGAAUUCUUAUGGGCAGAGCGAGAACUUACUAUCUUUCUAACUGUCUGUUACCAUUAUUGUUUGGCAAGUUGGAACUUUACUCCUUGCUUGAUCGAGAAUAUCAACUUGCGAUGACGCCCGAUGACCUGAAGGGUCUUAGCCACAUCUUGCCAUCUAUAGGAUCGGCAGAAGCGCAUGAUCUCAUGCGGCAGAAGGGAGGAUAUUGCAAUAUUCUUGAUGAUGAGCAGUGGUGGAUUCCAUCGACGCGAUCUGUAUUUGGAACAGGAAAUGAAGUCGUAUGUAAAUCAAAUAUCCAUAUAUGCCAGCUGCCUCAACGAGCAGGUUUCACCGACACUUACUCACCUCGCAUUAUUACUACACAGGAACAGCUACGUACUGCUCGCCGCAGUUUUUAUCUCCCAACGCUGUCAACCGAUGCCUUUGGGAGUAGGAACUAUAUCGAGUACGAUCCGUACCACUUACUAGUUAGAAAAACGACGGAUGAUCUCGGAAACUUGACACAGUCUAUAAACGACUAUACUUCACUUGCGGCGACAACUACCAUAGAUCCGAAUGGUAAUCUCCAGAGGGUGGUCCUUGAUGCUUUACGGCGAACUGUAGGCCUUUCAACAGAAGGCAAAGCAGGAGGACUCCAUGAAGGAGACAUUCUAGAUGGCUUCCAACCUCAGAUUACAGAAGCCCAGAUUGGAAGUUUCAUGGCGACUCCACCCAUUGAUGCCAAUAGCUCCACUGCCUUUCUCCACCAGACGGGGCAACGCAUAAUCUAUGGCACAGGGCGAUACUAUCAGAGUUCAACCUUGAGCCAGGAAUAUGCCGAAAUCCCCGAUUUCAAAGCCACAAUCACACGCCAUGAUAGUGGUCCGUCUAGCGCGGGAAUAGAGUCGAAGAUCAAGGUUGAGUUCGAGUAUUUUGACGGCUCUGGAGCCACAAUUCAGGUGGCCUCUCUCGUAUCCCCUGGAAAAUGGAGAUUCAGUGGUUGGCAGCUACUCGGCGUUGACGGAAUGAGCGUAAAGGAAUGGCAGCCAUUUUAUAGCACGUCGCAUUGCUUCCAAUAUCAGCCUCUCUCGAUGACUGCGGAUUGCGAUCCCACAACCACAUCCAUGAACGAUGCAGCCGGGAGGACUGUGGCAGUUUUGCAUGCCGAUCAUACUUGGACUAAAAGUCAACAUACACCAUGGCGUGUUACGACAUUCGAUAUUGGGGAUAACAUCCACAUCGAUGAUCCAAGAUUAGAUUCUGAUGUUGGGCAAUAUUUCCAACGCCUCCAGGAGCCAGAUUCAUACAUGCCCUCUUGGUUUUCCCUCCAGUCCCAAGACGCGGACAAAUGGGGGCGUGACGCUGCAAAAAAGUCAAUGGUAUACAGUAACACCCCGUCCGUUACCCACAAUGAUCCGCUGGGAAGGGUGAUAGUCGUUGAGGACAAUAAUGGGUCCGCCGAGCGGCAAGUUACUCGUCACGAGUAUGACCAUCUUGGAAACGAGGUGCGGGUGAUCAAUGCUUUGCAAACAACAAUUCGUCAGGUUCGGUUCGACCUAGCGGGUCGAGUUGUAUAUGAGGCCAGUGUGGAUGGUGGAGAGAGCUGGGGCAUGUACGACUGUUUAUCAAGACCACUCAUUCUCCAAGACGGCAAGAAGACCCGAAAACGACUCGUGUAUGACUCUCUCAAUCGGAACAUUGAGGAGCGGCUUCAAUUAUUGCAAGAAGGGACUUACACAGAGGAGCUCUUGCUCACGAAGAUGAUUUAUGGGGAAUCGCACCCAGAGGCCGAGAAAUACAACCUUCGGGGGCAAGUACAUCAGCAAUAUGACCAAGCUGGUCUAACCGAGUUCACAAGAUACGACUUUCGGGGCAAUUCUACUCAUUUGUGCACCCAGUUUGCCGAAGAUUUCAAAUCCAUCUUGGACUGGCGCCAUUCGCCGACCCUUGAACCUACUGUCUAUGAGACCCACGCCCAGUUCGAUUCAUUGGGGAAUGCUUGCACCAGCGUUGCAGCAGAUGGGAGUGAGACUAGCCGCACUUACACACACAGUGGACAACUACUGUCGCUUUCACUCAAGCACGGUCAUUCAGAGGCAGCGGCCAAGGAGAGCAUUGUGAGCAUUGAUUAUACGCCAUGGGGCGCCCAGGAGAAGCUCAUCUACGGUAACGGCGUGUCUGUGCAGACCAAGUUUUACCGGGAAACCCAUAUGGUUCGGCGACGCACUGUUCAAAAAGAAAGUACUUCUAGAAGUGCAGGUUCUAAUCAGACACUCCGUGAUGUUGCUUACACGUACGACUGCAAUGGAAAAUUGACACAUGCCCACGACCACGCGCGACAGGAUGCAUUCUUCCGUAAUUGUCGCAUCGAACCCAGUCAAGACUACGAAUAUGAUGCUAUUGGACAACUUGUUCGAGCUCGAGGCCGCGAACAAGUGAGUGGGGACCAGUUGCUAGUUCCUACCUCCUUCUCUGGCCCUACUCAUAGUGGACUUCCGGCAAAUGACUCACAGGUUUGUGAGUACAUCGAGAGCUACCAGUACGAUUUGGCGGGCAAUAUAUUGAAAGUCCGUCAUGAGCCAGCCAACGACACCUCCCUAUCUGGCUGGACGAGGACUUAUCAGUAUGACUCCACAGCUGCUUGUACUGAGCCCUCGGAGACUCGUGGUGGCAACCGGUUGAUUUCGACUACUGUGCGAGGCAGCAUAGAACAGUACGCGUACGACGAAAUGGGCUGCAUGACCUCAAUGCCCGGGUAUUCCGCUCUAGACUGGGAUUUCAACCAUCGCCUCCGCUCCUCAGCAAAACAGAUCACCCGAUCAGAAAACACGCCUGAGACGACUUGGUAUGUGUACAAUGCAUCGGGAGCGCGGGUCCGUAAGGUGACGGAGAGGGCAGCCGCGGCCGGCAUGAUACCGACCAAGUUGAAAGAGACUCGUCAACUCUCGGGAUGCCAAAUAUACCGCACGUUUUCAGGCGACGGUACGACAGUGCAGCAGGAAAUACAGACAGCGCUUGUUCUGGAAAGUUGGGCAUCAGGACUUGCGGGGGCAUCCUCCGCGAUAGCCCUGGUAGAAACCUUCAGCGCCUCCCAGAUACCUUUGGUCCGUUAUCAGGUUGACGAAAACUUGGAGCUGAGCGAUGAAGGAGAGAUCGUCUCGUAUGAGGAAUUCUCGCCAUUCGGCGUGACCACCAUCAACGGGGUCCGGAAGGAAGCCACUGCACCGCGUCGUUAUAGAUUCGCCCGCUACGAGCGGGAUGAAGAAACAGGACUGUUCCAUUGUGGGGAGCGAUACUAUGCCCCCUGGUUAGGCCGGUGGACGUCGCCAGACCCUAUUGGGAUCCAAGGAGGGCUGAAUCUGUAUACGUACGCCGGCAACGAUCCCGCCAACCUUGAAGACAAAGGUGGCACCACUCCCAAAAAUAAGAGCGAUCUACUUGGGAAGCGCAGUUUCGAAGAUUGGCGAGUCGAAGACCUCGACGAUGAUCAAAAGCAACAUGUUCGGGGAGUUCACCAGACAGACAAAUCCAGACUGAUACCAAAAGAGAAUACAAAAUCGGAAGAUUUCGAAGAUGAAAAGUUCGUCGCCUACACCCAUUAUCCCGUGAACGAAAGCUACAAUAGCGCUCAGUAUAUCCCCCUUGGAAAGAAUCCGGUGACUGUAGGGAUGUCCGGGCUCAUGGGUUGCACGUCCAUGAUGCUCGUCUCACCAACGGCCGUCUAUAUCACCCAUUGGUGGGAGAACUUGAAUUUUUGGCCGGACAAACAACCGACACCGAAAAAUCAAACGAAGAAGCAGAAAGAAAACACUGCAUCAGAUGAUCGGAAGCGGAAAGCAGCGGCAGAUCAUUUCAAAGAACACCUGCUCAACGCGAUGGAGAAGAGCACGACAAACCACGAUAGCUUGAGUGACCACGUGAACGAUUUUGAGAAUGCAGUAGGGUUCCUGAUCACGCCCUAUAAACAUAAAGACGAGAAGGGCAAUUCCAAAUUACUCAACCCCCUGAAACUGAAGCAGAAGCCUGAGAUGUCAGACCUUGUACCUCGUUAUCCCACCCAGAUUGACGCCGUGAAAAAAAAGGUUAAGGGUCUCGUACCGUCAGUCCGAUGGGCUGAUGGGAUUGGGGAUUAUUUGCCAAUCUUGAGUAAUAAUGCCACAAUUAUGCAGCAAGGUCUAGAUGCGAAUCUCGGGACCGCAGUGUUAGAAUACAAACCGAACCUCAGUUCUAAAAGAAAGGGAAUUUUCAGGGUCUCCGUGGAAGAUCGAAAGGUGGACUUGAAUAUUUCCAAAAAGUCUUAA